UUUUUCUCCCCAGGCGUCAUGUUGAUUUCCACCAAUCAGAGAGUUCUUUGAUUCCUGCUCGGCCAAUGGGAGGCCAUGAAGUUAUUACCGUGUCAGUGGGUGUGAUCCUGCAGAAGGAAGCGUUACUGAACAAUAUAUCAAAGUUUUAAGAGGAUGGCAGACAAGACUGUGGAUCGUGGGCCAUGGACAGGAUGUGCGGUUAUGUUUCUGCAGUCGCUCUGUCCUGGUGUGAACCUGCUCUCUCUCUACAAAGACCGAGAACAGGGAAAGUUCAUCGUUUUUAAAGUCAUUAAGCUGACACUUACAGAUUCUGCAGGAGGCCUGGGUGGUUAUGAGAUACUUAAGGUCCAUGACGCUGAUCCCUUUCUGGGGGUGGAGGUGAAGUUUGAGGAUGUGGCAGCAUGUCAGCAGUUCCUCGAGAGCUACAGCUCUGGAGCGGUGCGUCAGUCCCUCUCGCAGCACGCCUGCCGGCUUCUUGCACUCAGCCAAGAGUUCACAGUGGAAACUCAGCUCAAGGCCAGCACUCACAUCCUGGAUCUUUACCUGGACAAGCUGGAGCUUUGCCUGCAGCACAUCCACCUGUCACAGCCGGAGCGCCUGCGCGAUGAGGAGAUUGAUCAUCUGGAGCAGCAGCUGCAGACUCAGGCCCUCCGCCCAGCCCCACAGUCGACCCCUGUCACACAGGAAGAGUCUCCCGUCCCCAGCAACUGCUUCAAAUUUCAGAAUAAAGUCUUUGAGGACCGAAUGCUGACGGCGACAGAUGUUCAGAGCUUUUCUAACGGAGUGGGCCGUCAGUGGAAGCAUGUAGGGAGGGCCUUGGGGAAGAGCUGCCGGGCUUUGAAGGGUCCGGCCAUAGACAACCUGGCCUACGAGUAUGAGAGAGAAGGCCUGUAUGAGCAAGCCUAUCAGCUGCUGAGCCGCUUCAUCCAGGCGGAGGGCCGAGCAGCCAAGCUGAGCCGGCUGGUCAAAGCACUGGAGGACUGCAAACUCACCAGCCUGGCUGAAAAUAUUCUGGACAUACAGCCACGAGAGUAACUCUGUGUGCUUUGGUUUCAUGUGUACGCAUUGUGAAAACUGAGGAGCGGGUGACCCUGUCCUGCCUGCUUUUACAGUAUGUUUUGUUAUUGAUUGACUGUCUGUCAUUCAAAAUCAUUCCUGUGUGUGCGUGUGUGUGUGUGUGUGUGUGUGUGUGUGUGAGAGAGACGUUUUUCAUACUUGAUUCAUAUCUUGAUUUGCUUUUCUAUUUUUAUUUUUAUUUAGAGGAAAUGAUCUGUCAUCACUGUUUAAAAGAUAUACUGUCUUGAGUUUAAUGCACUGUUUAAACCUCUUUCGUUUGUGCUUUAUAAGUCAAUUUACAGAUGAAUCCAUCCACAGCUGAAGGUUGAGGGGGUUUUUUCUACAAAAUGGGUGCAUACAAAUUAAAUGGUUGUAAA